GGCCGGUCGUGCGGGCGGGCGCGGGCGGGCGCGGCGGCCGUGGCGCGCGCAGGUGAUUGACUGGCCAGCUGGCUGAGGGAGCGUCUGGUCUUCAUCGCUGGCAGGUGGCGGAGCUCAGUGGGGCGGCUGCGGAGGCGGCAGCGGCAGCCCGACUCCGGAGGCGCUCCUCCGGCCAAGGCCAUGGCCCCGCGGCUGCAGCUGGAGAAGGCCGCCUGGCGCUGGGCGGAGACGGUGCGGCCCGAGGAGGUGUCGCAGGAGCACAUCGAGACCGCCUACCGCAUCUGGCUGGAGCCUUGCAUCCGCGGCGUGUGCAGACGAAACUGCAAAGGAAAUCCAAAUUGCUUGGUUGGGAUUGGUGAGCAUAUUUGGUUAGGAGAAAUAGAUGAAAAUAGUUUUCAUAACAUUGAUGAUCCCAAUUGUGAGAGGAGAAAAAAGAACUCAUUUGUGGGCCUCACUAACCUUGGAGCUACUUGUUACGUCAACACAUUUCUUCAAGUCUGGUUUCUCAACUUGGAACUUCGGCAGGCACUAUACUUAUGUCCAAGUACCUGUAGUGACUACAUGAGGGGAGAUGGUAUCCAGGAAGAGAAAGAUUAUGAGCCUCAAACAAUUUGUGAGCAUCUCCAGUACUUGUUUGCCUUGUUGCAAAACAGUAAUAGGCGAUACAUCGAUCCAUCGGGAUUUGUUAAAGCCUUGGGCUUGGACACAGGGCAACAGCAGGAUGCCCAAGAAUUUUCAAAGCUCUUUAUGUCUCUUUUGGAAGAUACUUUGUCUAAACAAAAGAAUCCAGAUGUGCGGAACAUUGUCCAACAGCAGUUCUGUGGGGAAUAUGCUUAUGUAACUGUUUGCAAUCAGUGUGGCAGAGAGUCUAAGCUUUUAUCAAAGUUUUAUGAACUGGAGUUAAAUAUCCAAGGCCAUAAACAGUUAACAGAUUGUAUCUCGGAAUUUUUGAAGGAAGAAAGACUAGAAGGAGACAAUCGAUACUUCUGUGAAAACUGUCAAAGUAAACAGAAUGCAACAAGGAAGAUCCGACUGCUAAGCCUUCCUUGCACUCUGAACUUGCAGCUCAUGCGUUUUGUCUUUGACAGGCAAACUGGACAUAAGAAAAAGCUGAAUACCUACAUUGGCUUCUCAGAGCUUUUGGAUAUGGAGCCUUAUGUGGAACAUAAAGGUGGGUCCUAUGUGUAUGAACUCAGUGCAGUUCUCAUACACAGAGGAGUGAGUGCUUAUUCUGGCCACUACAUUGCCCACGUGAAAGAUCCGCAGUCUGGUGAAUGGUAUAAGUUUAAUGAUGAAGACAUAGAAAAGAUGGAGGGCAAGAAAUUACAACUAGGGAUUGAGGAAGAUCUAGCAGAACCUUCUAAGUCCCAGACACGUAAACCGAAGUGUGGCAAAGGAACUCACUGCUCUCGAAAUGCAUACAUGUUGGUUUAUAGACUUCAAACUCAAGAAAAGCCCAAUACAUCUGUUCAGGUACCAGCCUUCCUUCAAGAGCUGGUAGAUCGGGAUAAUUCCAAGUUUGAAGAGUGGUGUAUUGAGAUGGCUGAGAUGCGUAAGCAAAGUGUGGACAAAGGCAAAGCAAAGCACGAAGAGGUUAAGGAGCUGUACCAAAGGUUACCUGCUGGAGCUGAGCCCUAUGAGUUCGUCUCUCUCGAGUGGCUGCAGAAGUGGUUGGAUGAGUCGACACCUACCAAGCCUAUCGAUAACCACGCCUGCCUUUGUUCCCAUGACAAGCUGCAUCCUGAUAAAAUAUCGAUCAUGAAGAGAAUAUCUGAAUAUGCAGCUGACGUUUUCUACAGUAGAUACGGAGGAGGACCGAGGCUAACUGUGAAAGCCCUGUGUAAGGAAUGUGUAGUAGAACGCUGUCGUAUGUUGCGUCUGAAGAACCAACUAAAUGAAGAUUAUAAAACUGUUACUAAUCUGCUAAAAACAACAAUAAAGGGCAGUGAUGGCUUUUGGGUGGGAAAAUCGUCCUUGCGCAGCUGGCGCCAGCUGGCUCUUGAACAGCUAGAUGAGCAAGAUGGUGACGCAGACCAAAGCAAUGGAAAAAUGAAUGGCAACUCCUUGAAUAAAGAUGAAUCAAAGGAAGAAAGAAAAGAAGAAGAAGAGGAAUUAAAUUUUAAUGAAGACAUUCUGUGUCCACAUGGGGAGUUGUGCAUAUCUGAAAACGAAAGAAGACUUGUUUCUAAAGAGGCCUGGAGCAAACUGCAGCAGUACUUUCCAAAGGCUCCCGAGUUUCCCAGUUACAAAGAAUGCUGUUCACAGUGCAAGAUUUUAGAAAGAGAAGGGGAAGAAAACGAAGCCUUACAUAAGAUGAUUGCAAACGAGCAGAAGACUUCUCUCCCCAAUUUAUUCCAGGACAAAAGCAGACCUUGUCUUAGUAACUGGCCAGAGGAUACAGAUGUCCUCUACAUUGUGUCACAGUUCUUUGUAGAAGAAUGGCGGAAAUUUGUCAGGAAACCUACGAGAUGUAGUCCCGUGUCAUCGGUCGGAAACAGUGCUCUUCUAUGUCCCCAUGGGGGACUCAUGUUUACAUUCGCUUCCAUGACCAAAGAAGAUUCUAAACUUAUAGCUCUCAUAUGGCCCAGUGAGUGGCAAAUGAUACAAAAGCUGUUUGUUGUGGAUCAUGUAAUUAAAAUCACAAGAACCGAAGUGGAAGACGUAAAUCCUUCAGAAACACAGUAUAUUUCUGAGCCUAAACUCUGCCCAGAAUGCAGAGAGGGCUUACUGUGUCAACAGCAGAGGGACCUGCGUGAAUAUACUCAAGCCACCAUCUAUGUCCAUAAAGUUGUGGAUAAUAAAAAGGUGAUGAAGGAUUCCGCUCCGGAGCUGAAUGUGAGCAGUUCCGAAACAGAGGAGGAUAAGGAAGAAGCUAAACCAGACGGAGAAAAGGACCCAGACUUUAAUCAGAGCAACGGAGGAACAAAAAGGCAAAAGAUAUCCCAUCAAAAUUACAUUGCCUAUCAGAAGCAAGUUAUUCGACGGAGUAUGCGGCAUAGAAAAGUUCGUGGCGAGAAAGCACUUCUUGUUUCUGCUAAUCAGACAUUGAAAGAAUUGAAAAUUCAGAUCAUGCAUGCAUUUUCAGUCGCUCCUUUUGACCAGAAUCUCUCCAUUGAUGGAAAGAUUUUAACUGAUGACAGUGCCACCCUCGGCACCCUUGGAGUCAUUCCGGAAUCUGUCAUUUUGUUAAAGGCUGAUGAACCAAUUGCUGAUUAUGCUGCAAUGGAUGAUGUCAUGCAAGUGUGUAUGCCAGAAGAAGGGUUUAAAGGUACUGGUCUCCUUGGACAUUAAUCUUUUGGACCUUUCCUGACUGCUAAGAAAUGACCAGAAGGGAAGAGGAGUUUGACAUGUUAGGGCAUUAAAGAAAAGCUGGAUUUAAGAAUUGAAUCAUUACGUGACUCUUCCAAAAGGCAGAAAACCAUUCAAAAGUGACCGUCCCAAAUGCCUUGUGUCAAAUAAAGCCGAUUGCACUGAAGGGCCUCAGACUUGAAGGAAAUGUUUCAGGUUUUCUAUUUAAGGGGUGGGGGUGGGGGAAAGGCGAAUAAAGAUCAAACCAGGUUAGUAGCAGCAACAGUAAAUCAUGUUUACAUAUGAGAUUUAUAAUCGCGGGAGGGAAUGAAGUUCUGUUCUAUUUCCUUGCUCGAGUUUCAUGCCAGAUGCAUUGGCCCAUAAGGGAUUUGUAUCACAGUAAAUGGGACGACAUUCUGCUCUGAGCUACAAGUAACUCUUUAGAGACGUAAUCUGCUUACCAGUACCUGUCUUUGAUUCAUAUUUUACUUUCAAUAAAGCAUGAAAGUGAAGAACUUGCCAUAAUUGUGGGAAAGUGUCUUCAGAUUAGACUCCUCUCCGCGCCCGCCUCACACGCUGCCCGGCGGUCUGUCUCUUAGUGUUGGGCACAGGAGGGGGCACCUGUGUGUCUCCUGCAGUGACCAAGGGACUCUGCCUCCUUUUUGGCUUCAAAAGCUUUUUGCUUUCAAGCCUUUCGGAAAGGACGACGAAUGUUAAAACAUGUGGUAACGUCUUCCUCCACUUCUGCUGUUAUUCAGAAGCAGAAAGUCAGACCCUCCUGGCGCUAUUGAACAAUCCGGCCUCAGAAGAGCGGAGUGGACUGAAGUUCGUGUGGACGGCACAGGCUUUUGUAAAAUGUCUUCCUGUCUCUCAAGUCCACCAUCCCUUGCAUCUCACCUCUCUUUUUGAGAACAUUCUUCCGGAAUGGCCAGAAAGGAUCUUUACAUCACUUUGUUUAAAAAGGGGGGGGAAUGUGGCCAUUUUAUCCAAUUCAGGAUUAUCGUUAUGAGCAACAUACAACUGAAGCAAUAUUCCUAAGAACAUUGAAGGACUUUUAAAUAGAGUUUAUGACUGGCGUUUGUUUCGCUGUUUCCUCUGUUGAGUGUGUAUGUACAUCUCUGGGGCAGAGGUGCAGACGCGGACGUCUCUCUUGCUAACGUUGUCUUUUAGCUCUAGGUUUGUGCUAGGUUUCCCGCUCCCCCGUUCCUAAACAUUUAAACUCAAAUAACGGAGGGGAGGCAGGUUUCAAUUGGAGGGCUAGUCACCCUGGCAGCAUCCCUUUUGAAUAGCUCUUUUUAUCAGAAUAACCAUGGCUUUUGGGCAAAAUUAUAGCUUCUUGUGUUUCCCCUCUGUGUUUGCAAUGUCUUCAGGCUUUGCCCCCUGGGGACACUGGGUUUGUUUAGUGAGCCUGUGUGGGAGAGAGCGGCACACAGGACCCUCAAGCCAUCCUAGGAACCGGUAGUUCCCACCUUCGGUCAGCAUAGGGAAAGGACUCAGUUAAGAUCACAGAUAGCUGAUCAUCUUUUUAAAAAUAUAUUUUUAUUGAUUUCAGAGAGGGAAAGAGAAACAUGAAUGAUGAGAGAGAAACACUGGUCAGCUGCCUCCUGUACGCCCCACACAGGAUCGAGCUUGCAACCCUGGCAUGUGCCUUGACUGGGAAUCAGAAUCGUGACCUGGUCUAUAGGUCAAUGCUCAACCACUGUCCCACGCCAGCCGGGUCUGAUCCUCAUUGUUAGAUCUCGCUCUUUUAUUUUGCUCCAAAUGGAGCUGGCGCAUAAGAGUGAUAACAUGCCAAGCAACUUACUCUUUCCCAAGGCAAAGGCUUGUGCAGAGGUUUGUCUAGUGCUAGAGGCAGCAGCUGCCUUUUCCCUGCUCAGCAGCUGUUUGCCAGAGGACUUCUUCCCGGGGAUUGACACCAACCUGUCAGUAGCUCCCCAAAAUCCGAUCUGUUUCUCCCAGUCUGCUGUCAGUAGUUUUAAAGCCUUUUUCGUGUCUUCCGGCUGAUGAUCCAAUCUUAGUAUUGGCUCCUUUAAUGACACUCCCCAGGGCUGGGAGUCAGGUGGGCCCAGUAAGCAGGUGAUGCUCCCCGAGCCUGUGGGAUCCCAGCAGUGGUCUCCUUGUUCCAUCAGCGCUGCUCAGAUGUUAGCUGUGGCCCCACAGCAGCACGAAGCUGUUAGGGAAUGUAGGAACCUGGGCCCGAGACCCACUGAGUUGGAAUCUGCUUCCACGGGCCGCUCUCCUGUGCUGUUGGGAGUGGAGAAGCCUUGGGCUGGGACCUCUUUCCCACCCACAGUAGUGCCCUUGCAGCACCACCCUCACCACUUUGUGUGGGAAAAGCAGGGCCACGCUGUAACCUAAAGCCCAAUUCUUGCUUUGUAGUGACAAAUAGAUGGAGACCAAUUGGCUGUGACCACAUCUUAGUGCAGAGACUUUCCAUUGGGUUUUUAAUGUGCACGUGACCCUUUUUAUGAUGUUAGGCCAGUCUUCUUUGGUAGAAGGUUUCUAAAGCUGGAGUCCUCCUCCCGCCGCCCUUACACUGUUGACCAUUCCUCAGUCCCAAACUGAGGCGUGCAACAUCUUACCUGAAAUAUAGGUUGCCAUUUGGACAUCGUCAUUCCCUGAGGGAAUAAGUAUCCUCCUGUGUAUUGAUGGACUUUGUUGUUUGGAAUUACUGUUAUCUUUCUGCCAAAUUAAAAAGAAAUGACUGUCCUUUUA